CGCGGACCGCCCCCUCCCAGCUUUCGGCUACUGCUCCCCUAGUGGCUACCUGAAACUAAGCCUCUGUGGCUGAGUACGGCAGCGCUUGGGGGACAAGUAUUUUCCGCUUCUGUGGAUUCUCCUUUGCUCGGUUUCGUUCUGUGGGCAAAUCUGGGGCAGCAAGUCUUAGCCGCUCCGUUGCUCUCUGCGACUUGAGCGGUAGGAGAAGGCUGCGGCCAGCACGGAGUGUGGGCUGACUGUGGCCUGGGCCGGCCGAGACGCCUUACCCUGAUGCUGCGAUGGCUGAUCGGGGGAGGCCGCGAACCUCAGGGACUGGCCGAGAAAUCUCCUCUACAGACAAUAGGUGAAGAACAAACCCAGAACCCCUACACUGAACUGCUUGUACUGAAAGCUCAUCAUGAUAUUGUACGAUUUCUGGUACGGUUAGAUGACUGCAGAUUUGCAUCUGCUGGUGAUGAUGGACUUGUAGUUAUAUGGAAUGCCCAGACAGGAGAAAAACUUUUGGAACUCAAUGGACACACUCAAAAGAUAACAGCUAUUACUACAAUUCCUUCCUUGGAAGCAUGUGAAGAAAAAAAUCAGCUCAUCUUGACAGCCUCUGCUGAUAGAACAGUUAUCUUAUGGAAUUGUGAUUCUGGCAGACAAGUUCAGAAAAUAUCAUGCUUCCAGUCUACAGUAAAGUGUUUAACUGUUCUUCAGAGACUAGAUGUUUGGCUCUCUGGUGGGAAUGACCUCUGCGUGUGGAACCGAAAAUUAGAUCUCCUGUGUAAGACCAGUCACCUUUCUGAUACAGGGAUCAGCGCUUUGAUUGAAAUACCUAAGAACUGUGUCGUGGCAGCAGUUGGCAAAGAACUGAUAAUUUUCAGGUUGGUAGCACCCACAGAAGGAUCACUGGAAUGGGAUAUUCUUGAAGUUAAGCGCCUCCUUGAUCACCAGGAUAACAUUCUUUCAUUGGCCAAUGUCAAUGAUUUGAAUUUUGUAACUGGCUCCCAUGUUGGAGAGCUGAUCAUCUGGAAUAUCCUGGACUGGACCGUGCAGGCCUGUGAACGCAACUUCUGGGACCCAUCUCCACAGCUGGACACUCAGCAAGAAAUAAAACUCUGUCAGAAACCAAAUGACAUUUCUAUUCAUCAUUUCACAUGGGAUGAAGAGAAUGUCUUUGCUGCAGUUGGAAGGGGCUUAUACGUGUAUAACCUGCAGAUGAAGCGCGUUACUGCCUGCCAGAAAACGGCGCACGACUCCGUGGUCCUGCACGUCGCCAGACUUCCAGACAGGCAGUUAAUCUCAUGCUCAGAAGAUGGCAGUGUGCGCAUUUGGGAGUUACGAGAAAAACCGCAGCUUGCCGCCGAGCCUGUACCAACAGGUUUUUUUAACAUGUGGGGAUUUGGACGAGUGAACAAACAGGCCAGCCAGCCUGUUAAAAAACAACAAGAAAACGCCACUUCGUGUUUACUAGAGCUCGUUGGAGAUCUGAUUGGACACUCAUCGUCUGUGGAGAUGUUUCUAUACUUUGAAGAUCAUGGACUAGUGACCUGCUCUGCUGAUCAUCUCAUUAUUUUGUGGAAAAACGGAGAACGAGAAUCUGGAUUGCGCAGCUUAAAAUUAUUUCAAAAAUUAGAGGAGAAUGGUGACUUACAUCUUGCUGUCUAGUUUAAGGAAUUUAGAAUACAUGUGCAUGGACCUUGAACAUCGAAUGUAGGGUGACACUCUGAAAACCGUUUAUAUAAUCACUUAAAUGUGUAAUGUAUUUUUUCCUUAUUAUUUUAUAAACUUCAGAUUGUUUGAAUUAUUUUGAGUGGGCAUGCAAACCAGCAGCAAGUUGCUUCUUAGGUGUGAGUACAUCCACCAAAGAAAUGACCACAAGUAUUUUAGCAGUGAAUUUUCAAAAAGUGAAGUUUUCAGAUCACAGUACAAAUAUCUGUUGAUACAGAAUUAAUUUAUAUCAUAGUGUUCUCAUAGACAAUUAAAAAAUUUUUAUGCUUUAAACAUUUUUACACCAGAAAUUAUGAACUUACUCAGA